CCUAGAUAUGUUCUGAUGAGGUGGGUUUUUUUUUUUUUUUUGGCAACCCAGGUUAUCAGAGGAUUGCUGAAAUUUUGGCCAAAAACAUGCAGCCAGAAAGAGGUUAUGUUUUUAGGUGAAAUUGAAGAAAUUCUGGAUGUAAUAGAACCAACACAGUUCAAAAAAAUACAAGAGCCUCUCUUUAAACAGAUAGCAAAGUGUGUGUCAAGUUCACAUUUUCAGAUUGCAGAAAGGGCUCUGUACUUUUGGCAUAACGAGUACAUUCUUGGUCUGAUUGAAGAGAACAUUGAUACAAUUUUGCCAAUUAUGUUUGGCAGUUUAUAUAAGAUCUCCAAAGAACACUGGAAUCCGACCAUUGUAGCAUUAGUAUAUAAUGUGCUGAAAACACUGAUGGAGAUGAAUGGCAAACUAUUUGAUGAACUCACAAGCACUUACAAAGCAGAAAGACAAAGAGAGAAGAAGAAAGAAUUAGAACGUGAAGAAUUGUGGAAAAAGCUGGAAGAACUCAGACUCAUGAAAACAUUGUCUGACCAGAUGAGUAAUACCUCCUCCUCGAUAAAUAUACCAAAUGAUAAAGUGCCAAGUGAGUGUGAAAGCCUCUGUUUGUGAGGCAUCCCUUUUGUAUACAGAUUUUUAAAAAAUAUGUAAAAAAUGCAGAAGAGAAACCUCAUCAGUAUCUUUGAAAUGGCCAUUUCCCCCCCCUGGCAAAAUGUAAAUGAAAUUUUUUGAACUGAAAUACAGUAAUUGAAUGUGAUAUUAUUUACCAUAGCAUACUGUAAAUUUGUCUCUAAUCAUUGCUAUAUUGUCAAUUCUGACAUCUCACAGAAAGGAAUUUUAUCAUCCAUGAUGUGUGUGAUUUAAUUAUGGGAAUGGUGAAAUUUUGACUUGAAGUUUUCUUUUUCUUUUUAAUUGUGUUGCAUUUAGGCAUAGAUGUCAGGCAACUACAUUUUCUCCCCAUGUGCUUCUCCUAGUGCUGCAGGCUUUGGCUGAGACUCAGGAAGAGACUUGUAGCUUUACUGUAUUUCCUGAAAUGAAACUAAGAUGAUAAUAUAAUAUCCAGUUAAUGGGAUUGAAUCCCAUGAGGCUUGGUGGGGCUUGCUUCUGAGUAAACAUGUAUCACUUGAGUUGAAUCUGCCCAUUACAGUAUCACAGGUCAGGCUAUUGUAUAAGAAUGUUCAGUUUAGAGAGGUCAAGAUUCAAAAUUAUACGAGGAACCUUCUCAAGUAGAAAAGACUUGUUACGGAUAUUCUCUACUUAAUGUGGUUGAGUGGGCUGUAGAAAUGGAUAGAGACAUGGAAGGGAGUAAGAUCAGCUCAGCUGAGUUGGGCUUCUCCCUCCAACAGUUGUAAUUGUGUGAGGAGAAUGCCUGGACAGGACUUAUACUACAUUAUGUGUCCUGCUUAAGCAGUUACAUGAACUCUGAAUGAGGAAAGAUUGUUAAUUUUUAAUCAAGGAUUAUCCACAUAGUUCUUAUGCCUCCUCUUAGGAAAGAUUCAGUAAUCAUGUUUCUGUUCCCAUAACUAAAAAUUGGAACCUAUCAAUUACACUCUAUACUUUGACAAUUUUUGUAGAACCUAGUUGUACUUGCUUUCAACCUGGCCCUGCAGGGUGGCCCAGCUGCUCCAUUUAAAGCUUGGGCUGUGCAAUUCCUACGCAGACAUGCAAGACAGCUCUUUGUGUUAAAAGAAAUACGAUGCUUAAGAUGGCAAAAACUAAUUCUUGAAGUGUUGUCUGUUUUUACUUGAUCAGUGGGGUGCUCUUUUGCAGAUCUUUAUAUCAGAGUAUCAUUCCAAUCUCUUAAAUUUCAAUUGUGUGGAAAAUGGUUUUGUAUUGAAAGACUGAGGGAUUGAGCAGCAUUCAAUAAAGUCUUUAUGUUUGUAA